GUGAUAUUUAACAACCAGUCAGCUGUCUGCAGACGGCGAGUCGCCGGACUGAGGAGGAAGUUGUUGUCGGAGCGGAGGGCGAGUGACGGGCGAACAGAGCGAUGACUCGUGGAAACCAGCGGGAGAUUGCUCGAGCAAAGAAUCUAAAGAAAACUCAGGAUAAGGGGAAGAAGGCAGAUGAUGGAUUAUCAGCUGCCGCACGAAAGGAAAGGGAUGCUCAGAUAAUGCAGGAAAAGCAGAAAAAGGCCUUGGUGAAAAAAGAUGAUCCCAAAUAGCAUCUGUGGAUUGCUGCGUGACUAAAAGCAGAGGAUGAGGACACGAAGAUCUUUCGUUCAGACCGUGAAAAAAAACA